AUGUACCGGACCCACUACCGCAACCUGAUGGCAGAGAAUGGGAAUAGGAUCAGUGCGUGCAAAGGAACGAUUGCGAUAGGAGGUGGUGGUGGUGUGUGGUGGUUUUCUUGUGUGUGCUGCUCAAAAUCUGCUGUAAUUCUCAGCGGUGAGUGCCCCCUCACGUAUUAG